UUUAACAAUUGUAGAUAACUUUUAUUAUUAUAUUUAUUAUACCAUUGAUUAGACAAGAUGAAGAUCCUCUCCGACGAAGAAAAGAACGCUCACUGGAACGUUGUCCUUAAAGAAGGUGCUAAGGGAUGUGUAGUUGGUGCUGCCAUAUCUGUUGGUUUAUUUGCAUUCGUUAAGCAUAGACAUCCAGUUAGGUAUAGAUCUAUGAGUGGUUCUAUCAAGGCUGCCAUGUUUGCUAUGCCAACCAUCUCCAUGGGUGCUUUUUUCGCUGAUGAAGGUUCUGUUGAUUUUGAUAGACACGUUUACCAAUCCGAUUACCUUAAGCAAAGGGAAGAGGAAGAACUUGCACAAUGGAACAAGCUCUCUACGGGAGAUAAGGCAUUUUCAAAGUUGAAUGACAACAAAUAUAAGGUUAUUAUUGGUGCUUGGGCUGCAUCUUUGUACGGAUCUUGGAAGUUGGUUGAUAGAGACACAAUUAUGACCAAGUCACAAAAGGCAGUCCAAGCUCGUGUAUACGCACAAGCCAUUACCGUCGUUUUACUCUUGGGUACUAUCUUAAUGUCAAUGCAUGAAGCUGAAUUGAAGAAGGAUCAACCAGCACCUGUCCCAGAAUGGAAGAGAUUCUUAGAAGAACAAGAAAGUAAGAAGCGUGAAGAAGCCAAUUAGAAUCGAUAAAUCAACUGAUGAAUAUAUGUAUGUAAAUA